GGUCCCUCCUUCGCCCAGCGCAUGCGCCGCGCGUGCGGUAGCUCGAGCCGGUUGCAUGGCGACGGUGAAACACAAACGUUGCCCCGGGAACUGGAGGGAGGCGAGCGGCGGUUACGCGCUGUCCGGCAGAGCGAGCCGCCGCGCGGAGGAUCCUGUUGUUGGACGUUACAAGAAUUAUGCCUCUUCCAGACACCAUGUUUUGUGCUCAGCAAAUUAACAUACCCCCUGAACUCCCAGAUAUUUUGAAACAGUUUACCAAAGCUGCCAUCAGGACUCAGCCUCAUGAUGUACUGCAGUGGUCAGCUGGGUAUUUCUCAGCUCUGUCGAAAGGAGAGCCCCUUCCUGUAAAGGACAGGAUUGAAAUGCCAGUAGCAACACAGAAAACAGAUACUGGGCUCACACCAGGCCUCCUUAAGGUUUUGCACAAGCAGCUUUCUCCGAAAGGCCGUGUGAGCGUGAUAGAACUAGAGAAAAAAUGGAAACAUCUAUGUUUGCCAGUGGAGCAGCUGAGAGCCCUUCUACAACUGGACAACUUCGGUGAAGAGGUGGAAUGGUUGAAAGUUCUUGCACUUGGGUGUAGUAUACUUGGUGGGUCCUUAAUGACUUCUGUGAAGUAUGCCUGUGAAAUUCUAACAACCGAUCCAGAGGGUGGACCUGCUCGCAUUCCGUUUGAUACAUUCUCAUUUAUUUACACAUACCUGGCCAGUAUAGAUGAUGAGAUGCCAGACUACACAGUUGAAGCUUUCCUCAACACUCUUAAGGGACAAGUGGAGCUUAAAGGAGAUCUGGUUGGAAUUUCAGAUUUCUUCAUUCCAUCAAAGAAGGUUUAAGAGAAAGAUGACAAGGAUUUACUGGAAGUAAAUGCCACCAAUUCAAAGCAGAACUUUAAUAAAGUCAAAUAAACUUCAGCAUUAGCAGUCACCACAAAAUAUAGACUUUGAUUUAUCAAUAUACCAUAUGCAGUGUGAUUUUUAUUUAUGAAAGUUGAGUAAGAGAUACGUCUUAGGAUUUAUUUGUUUUCAUAGACAUGUAAUUUUAGCUUUAGAUUUCUGCAGAUAAAUAGAAACUUUUAAUAGAGUUAGUGAUUUAGGACAUUUUCUGAUAUACUGUGAAACUUACUACGUCAGGUAAAAAAAAAUUGUUUUUCUCAGAAAGAGCGUGGUAUCUACUUCCAUAAAUUGAUCAAGAUUCUUCUAUCUGAAGGCCAUAUUCAAAGAACCUCAAGGAACUAUGCCAUUUAUUUAUAUUUUUUGGUCUACCUGAAUGAAGAAAUCAGAUGUCCCAUUUUUUUCAUAUGUCCUAGUGUCCCAAAAACUUUUGGGACACCUGAAAUAGCCUGUUCUUCAUGCAAUUGUCCACACUUAUUCCACUUGUGGUUCACAUGUGCCUCAUGCACAGGAGAUCAGAUUCUUUUGAAUAGCAGUGACUAUUGGGGACAUGCCUGCACGUACCCAUCCCAUCCCGGACAUAAAGGGUAGCACAGGCCCACCCAUCCUUCCGUUCCUUCUUACAGCUGUGGCAGUGAGAUGGAACCCUGGAAGUGUCCACUUCUCUGCACACACUGUGAUUCUGUUGGUCUUUUACUAAUUGUUUCCUUAUUGUUGUUAGGUUACUAUAGUUAUUGUAGUGUUGUUAACUCAGGGGCACUGAGGAUGGAGAAGAUGGGUACCUGGUGGUCAGUCUGUCCUUUGCUUCCUUCCUCUAGAUGGUCACCAAAACUGUAUGACUUCAUACAAAAAUCAUAUAUGGUUUACAUCACAAUUUCACAUGAAUGUAGCUUCAUACAGAUCUGAAACUGUCUGCAAUAAAAACAUGAAAUCAGAAUGCAUAUAGUUUGAAAUAUCAAUUUCAUGUGAAUUUCACAACCCUUAAAGUCGUUGCCACAAAAGUGUUUGAUUUAGAAAAUAUGGUCAUCUUAUACCAAAUAUGGUCACCUUAUUUCUCUAAAUUAUGCCACACUCAAGCACUCAUUGUCAAUUUGUUUAUCUUAGUGCCGAUUCAGCAUUUGUUGUUACUUUGUAUGAUAGAAGUCCCAGUUUUCUCUGAAUAAUUUUAACUUUACUGCAGUGAAAAUGUUCAUUACUAAUUACUUGAUUAAAUAAAAUGUAUUGUGACUAAUAGGAAUUGAACACAGCCACCCUAUCUGCCUUAAACUGCAAUACACUUUACUGAAUCCAACUUUGUGCCAAACAGUCUGUCAUAUGAGAGACUGCAAUGGAGCAUCCUACUAGUUUAUCAGGGAGCUAAGGAACCUUUCACGUUUACGAAGCAUGUUUAUCAGCUGGGCAGGAGUUGGUAGCAUGCCAGCUCAGAGACUCUGGGAACACACAGUAACAAAAGUAGAAACAUGCAGAUGUUCAGGAUUCUAAGACAGAGAGGGAUGCCAAGGGCUUUGCAUGAUGGUUUAACCAUCUAGAACCUUGUGCAGAAAGUUAAAGACAAAUGUGCAUGGCUCUACAUCAAAUGUUAUAUGUACAACUGGCCACCAGUUCUUUCAGAUAUCCAUUUUAGUCCUUAACGCCUGAACUAUCAGUUCUGCAACAUAUUAUGUAAUAAAUAACAUGUAAACAAUGGGACAUCUAACAAUGAAUAUGUAUUGAAUGGUUUCGGGAUUGGGAGUGGUUAGAUCUGUGGCUAGUAGAACAAGAAGUUGGAGUGGUAGUGAUGAAUCAUCUUUGCAGGAGUAUUAGUAACUGUUUUAUCCCUUGAGUCCUAGCUAGAGUUUUGCAGUCGUCUGGCUAUUCAAAGCAUGAUUUCAAAUGAGUAUCCACUGAUCUGUGGCCACUAGGAUUAUUGUCCAGCCAACUCCAAUAAAGCAUUUCUUUUUGAAGCAUUUAACACACCUUUUUUAAAAAUCAAAUACUUUUUAAAGUGUUUUAUCUGAAACAUUUUUAAUGAUUAAUUACAUGCUGGUUUACGUGUUGUAACCCAAUAACUAUGAUGCUGUUACUGGAUGUGCAAACAGAAUUAGGCAGCUACAUUAAUGUAAGCUGUGGCUCCGUUUUAGUAGUAAUACUGUGACGAUGUCAAAGUUAGUUUCAGAAGUGCAUUUGUCUGUCUUUUGAGCUCCUUUUCUCCUCAUCACAGGAGCCAUGACCCCACCACUGGAAAGAGAAGAGACUGUCUGGAAAACAUGAGGGGGGAGGUGGAGAGCACCAGUUGAGGAAAUAAUAGAUUGGGGAAAGGGAAGUCAGAGAUUGAAGGGGUGGGAGAGAACCAGGGAAGAUGAGACGGGGAUGGGUGUGAGAUGAGGAGUGAGAUAGUGUGUGGGAGGUCCUCCUUCAUUCACCACCAAUAUGAAGGGAAAUGAAAAAGAAAGCAGCAGUGGAAAGGGGAAAAGAGGAAGAGGGCCAGUGAUGGGAUGUGUGGGGACAGCAGUAAAGAGCAAAGCUUGAAUGUGGAAGGAAGAGAGGCUGACUUACAUAAAAACCAUAUCCUCUGAAAAAAGAGAGGGAAAGACAAGAAUAAAAUAAAACCUUCAAAAGGAAUGGACAGUUAUAGAGGACAGAUGUGGGAGAAGGAAAUGGAAAAGCAAAGGGAAAGAAAACAUAGAGCCAGAGUCUUUUUUAAAUUUUACUCCCCAUUUUGAGCCCAUGAUUUAAUGUUUGUCUGUUUCCGGGGAAGAAAAAGACUGAAACUUUUCUGAGCUGUUUGUUGGGGGUGGGGAAAGGGAGUCUGACACCCCACACCUCACCCCAUUGGACUCUACAUCGCUCUCAUUUUCUUUUUGUGAGGUUGCAGGGUAUGUGCUACCCACUGGAGCUCCUCACCUCAGCAACUCCCUCUACCCAUCUCAACUCUGUAAUUUACCUACCUCCUCCCUCUUACUGUUACAGAAAUAUCCAGACUUCUAAGGGGUGAACUUCCCAGUGCCUACACUGAGCUGCCAGCGCUGUGAACAUGCACACGCAUGUUAUUUAACUACUGGGCCUUUGUCCUUCUCCCUCUGCUAGUUAAGCUAAUAUCAGAUACAAUAAGGAGGAAGGAGAAACAUGAAUCUGGGAUUUAGAUAAGAAUAGUCUGAUCUGCAAGUAGUUUGUAUCAAGCCACUCUGUGAAACAAAACAGGUAGACCAGGAUCUCAUCACUGCUUUGUGGCUAUACUUUUAGUUAGUGAUAGAACUGUCAGACCGAAGUGCAAGUUAGGGCUGCCCCGUGUUUAGUAUUGAAAUAAGUACCCAACUCUUUCCUUUGCCUCCACCUGCUAAAACCUUCAAGAUAUGGAAAUACAAAUGAUCAGAUGCUUUACCAUUGUCCUGGAGAUACCAGUGAAAAACAUGCACUUGACUCUGGAAAUAACAUUUAACUAGCUAGUAACUCUGAUCCCAAACUGUCCUGUUUACGAGAUAUCUAUUUGAAAUACAUAUCUUCAGUUUCUAAAUUAGCUGCUUCUUUUGUGUCUCUGAAUUUAGACCUCCAACCUCUCUGUCUAAAUUUAGCCUCUAAUGAUGUCUCCUGAUAAAGGUCAGUGUUUCCAUCUAUGAUCUAUACAUUGCGUUGAGGGGAUUGAGCACUGCCCUCUUUGUUUGUGAAUACAUUGCAGUGAUAAGCCUAGUUUAAUUUAGACACAAAUUAUUGCGUAAUCCUGGUUAAAUGCAUACACACCCGCAUAAGGCAUCACAGGAGGAUGUAUGUUCCUUUCCUUUGAAAGUGACUUCUUAGUCCAGUGCCCUUCAUGAGCAUGAACAUCCAUCCUCUAUGCAGGGAACAGGUGCAGUACCAAUGUGCAAUGUAAUGUAAACCAAACCCAGUUCUUCUCAAACACCUGCUUUAACCUUGCCCCAGAGAGAUCACAUUUUGGUGUGAAAGGUAGUUUGCUCUCCAGGCCCAUUUAUUUCUCUAACAUGUCCCUGAGACUGGCAGAAAGAGCCAAAUGGUGAACUCUUUUUUUUGACGCAGGACCUGAACCAAAAAACCACAGCUCAUUUCACAGAGGCCUCCAUAUAAUAAACUUUAAAAGCAUGUGUGUGUAUGGUUCAGUAGUGCAGUAAUUUAGACCUCACCAAUACUGAUCAGUGACAGAUGAGUGAAGUAGGCAGAAUAGGGGUAUGUCUACACUGCAGUUAGACACCUGUGGCUGGCCCAUGCCAUCUGACUCAGACUCCUGGGGCUGCUUAAUUGCUAUGUAGACAUUCUGGCUUGGGCUGCAGUCCAAGCUCUGGGACCCUCCCACCUCACAGAAUCCUAGAGCCUGACCUCCAGGCUGAGCCCAAAGGUCUACACCACAGUUCAACAGCCCCGUAGCUCAAGUCAGUUGGCAUGAGCGAGCUGUGAGUUUCUAAUUGCAGUGUAGUCAUGCUCAAGAAGGCAUUUUUGUUAAACCAACAUCCUCUAUCAGCAGUGAUGAGAAAGGAAAAAGUUCUUAAAUUUAAAAGUAAUAAAAGAAGUUCUUAAUGUACUGUAUAAUUAACUUGGGGAACUCACUGCUGCAGGAUAUUGUUGAGGCAAAUUGCUUAGUAAGAUGGAGGCAAAGCUGUUAGGAAGGGGAAAAUAUUUCAAAGAUCUGAUAGAAGCUAUGACCUUACUGUCUAUCAAAAGAGGCCAUUCCCCUCCCCCAAUUGUUAAGGUGACGUGGGUCUUAGGGCUUUAUUGAUCUCAGAACUGCUUUGACACCAGCAAUGGGUAAAAAUGCUUUCUUUUCAUCUAAAGCUUCCUACGAGAUGGUGCUUAUUUCACUCACAUGUAGACCUAGCCAUAAUGGAAUGGUGGAGGACGGGUGAUUAUACCUUCCUCUUAACCAUUCAGCUUUGGUCACUGCUAGAGAUACUAGACCCAGUUGACUAUUGAUCUGUGCCUAUUGUGUAUUCCAAAACAUCACAACUCAUACUGUCAGGGUGUUGAGAUAAUAAAGACCUCUUUUAUUUUGAAACUAAGAAACCACAUGUACACUCACCCAAAGCCCUCUUGCCUUCUGGGGACACGUCACUAUUGGAGGAGGGUGGCUUUUCAGUGCAGUGGAGGGACAGCACAGCACAGCUCCCCUCAUCUGACUGAGAGUACAAUAAUGCUUAGCUCUUCUAUGGUGCUUUUCUUCUUCAGCCAGUGUUUCACUGUGAUGUGUAAAGGUUAAGAAACAGUAUUUUAAAAUGUUCUGAGUAUGAUUGUUCUU